CCCGCCCGCCGCCCGCUCGGCGCGUCAGUCGGCGAGGAGUCCAGUGGUGGGUGCGGAGACUGAGACCGUUCCCGCGGCCUCCUCUUCCUCCCCGUUCCCCUCACCCCUACCCCGUACCCUUCACCCUCUUCCCGGCUCCGUCAGCCCCCACUCCACUCAAGACGAGAAUGCCCUGCCCGGAACAGCCUAGCAGCGCCUAGAUGGCUUUGGUCACGGUCCAGCGGUCACCUACCCCCAGCACCACCUCCAGCCCCUGCGCUUCGAGCUCUCAUUUGGAUGACAGUGAAUCAGCAGCGAUACUUUGCUGUGAAUGUGAAGAAUCAGAAAUCUUUAGUGAUUUCAAAGAGGCAGACAGUGGGGAAGAAGAAUGCCGGUCACAACCCAGAAGCAUCAGCGAGAGCUUUUUAACUGUCAAAGGUGCUGCACUUUUUCUACCACGGGGAAAUGGCUCAUCCACACCAAGAAUCAGCCACAGACGUAACAAGCAUGCAGGUGAUCUCCAACAGCAUCUCCAAGCAAUGUUCAUAUUACUUCGCCCAGAAGACAACAUCAGGCUGGCUGUAAGACUGGAAAGUACUUAUCAAAAUAGAACACGCUAUAUGGUAGUGGUUUCAACUAAUGGUAGACAAGACACUGAAGAAAGCAUUGUCCUAGGAAUGGAUUUCUCUUCUAAUGACAGUAGCACUUGUACCAUGGGUUUAGUCCUGCCUCUCUGGAGUGACACCCUAAUUCAUUUGGAUGGUGAUGGUGGGUUCAGCGUUUCAACAGAUAACAGAGUUCACAUAUUCAAACCUGUAUCUGUGCAAGCAAUGUGGUCUGCACUACAGAGUUUACACAAGGCUUGUGAGGUCGCAAGAAUCCAUAACUACUACCCAGGCAGCCUGUUUCUUACUUGGGUGAGUUAUUAUGAGAGCCACAUCAACUCCGAUCAGUCCUCAGUCAAUGAGUGGAAUGCUAUGCAGGAUGUGCAGUCCCAUCGGCCCGAUUCUCCAGCUCUCUUCACUGACAUACCAACAGAACGAGAGAGAACAGAAAGGCUAAUUAAAACCAAAUUAAGGGAGAUUAUGAUGCAGAAGGACUUGGAGAACAUCACCUCGAAAGAGAUACGAACAGAGUUGGAAAUGCAAAUGGUGUGCAAUUUGCGGGAAUUCAAGGAAUUUAUAGAUAAUGAAAUGAUAGUCAUCCUUGGUCAAAUGGAUAGUCCUACACAGAUAUUUGAGCAUGUUUUCCUGGGCUCUGAGUGGAAUGCUUCCAAUUUAGAAGACUUACAGAACCGAGGGGUGCGGUAUAUCUUGAAUGUCACUCGAGAGAUAGAUAACUUUUUCCCAGGAGUCUUUGAGUAUCAUAACAUUCGGGUAUAUGAUGAAGAAGCAACAGAUCUCCUGGCUUACUGGAAUGAUACUUACAAAUUCAUCUCUAAAGCAAAGAAACAUGGAUCUAAAUGUCUUGUGCACUGUAAGAUGGGGGUGAGUCGCUCAGCCUCCACAGUGAUUGCCUAUGCAAUGAAAGAAUAUGGCUGGAACCUGGACCGAGCCUAUGACUACGUAAAGGAGAGACGAACAGUGACCAAGCCCAACCCCAGCUUCAUGAGACAAUUAGAAGAGUACCAGGGGAUCUUACUGGCAAGCAAACAACGACAUAACAAACUCUGGAGAUCUCAUUCAGACAGUGAUCUCUCAGACCACCAUGAACCCAUCUGUAAACCUGGACUAGAACUCAACAAGAAAGAGAUCACUACCUCAGCAGACCAGAUUGCUGAGGUAAAAACUAUGGAGAGUCACCCAUCCAUACCUCCUGUCUUUGUGGAACAUGUGAUCCCACAAGAUACAAGUCAGAAAGCCCUGUGUACCAAAGAAAGAAUGAUCUGCUUGGAAUUUACUUCUAGGGAAUUUCAUGCUGGACAGAUUGAAGAUGAACUAAACUUAAAUGAUAUCAAUGGAUGUUCAUCAGGGUUUUGUCUCAGCGAGUCAAAAUUCUCUCUUGACAACUGCCAUGCGUCUAAAGCCUUAAUCCAACCUGGACAAGUCCCAGAAAUGGCCAACAAGUUCCCAGAUUUAACAGUGGAAGAUCUAGAGACUGAUGCACUAAAAGCAGACAUAAACGUUCACUUACUGCCUAUGGAAGAGUUAACGUCUGGACUGAAAGACCUCCCCAUGUCUCCUGAUCCUGAGUCUCCAAGCCCCCAGCCCAGCUGUCAGGCUGAGAUUUCAGAUUUCAGUACAGAUCGCAUUGAUUUUUUUAGUGCCCUAGAGAAGUUUGUAGAGCUCUCUCAAGAAACCCGGUCUCGAUCUUUUUCCCAUUCAAGGAUGGAAGAGCUAGGUGGAGGAAGGAGUGACAGCUGUCGACUGUCAGUGGUAGAAGUACCUCCUGAAGUGACCACUGAUGAUCAGAGAAGCAGCUCUUUGAGUAAUACUCCUCAUGCAUCAGAAGAAUCUUCAAUGGAUGAAGAACAGUCUAAGGCAAUCUCAGAACUGAUCAGCCCAGACAUCUUCAUGCAUUCUCAUUCAGAAAAUGCAAUUUCAGUCAAAGAAAUUGUCACUGAAAUUGAAUCCAUCAGUCAAGGAGUUGGGCAAAUGCAGCUGAAAGGAGACAUGCUAUCCAACUCAUGUCAUACACCAAAGAAGAGCACCAUGCAUGAGCUGUCCCUUGAGAGAGCCCAGGCCCCAGAGAAUAAAGCUGGGCAUAUGGAACAAGAUGAAGGUUUUUGCACAGCCCAUUCUGAACUACCCAAAGACUCAGGGAAGUGCAACGCAGAAGGCUGCAUAACCACAUACUCAGUCACAGCAGACUUGGAAGAAGAAGAACCAACUGAAGGGGAACAUGAGCUCCCGGGCCCAGGCAUGCAUUCAAGUGCUAAGUGGUACCCUGGGUCUGUGAGACGAGCCACCCUGGAGUUUGAAGAGCGAUUAAGGCAGGAGCAGGAGCACCAUAGUACGGCCCCUGUGUGUAUCUCAUUGUCUACGCGCAAGAAUUCUAAGAAUGAUUCUUCUAUGGCAGACCUAGCACCAAAAGGGAAAAAUGAUGAAGCCACCUCAGAAUAUUCAUUUGCUCCCCAGGAACCAGAAGUAAGCAAGGGCAAAGGGACAUACAGUAAGUCUGAGGCUAGCUCACUAUCCCAGUGUGAGCAGAAUGCCAUUGUUCCAGCCCUCGAACUGCUGGAGUAUCACCCCUUGACAGCAUCUCAGGAGUACCCAGGGUCAGAUAUUAGAACAAAGCAGGGAGUCUCAGAGGAGCAAGGGACUGUGGUUUCAUGCCAGGGGUCUGAGACACUGGCCAUCCCUCUUCCCAAAAGGAUAGAAAUCAUUGAGUAUUCUCACACAGUUGCAUCACUCAGUCACACUGGGUCAGGGGGUAAAAUAGCCACAAGCGAAGAAAAAGAAGAGCAAGGACUAAGAAAGGUAAAAAUGGAGAAGUCUGUCACUGUGCUGUGUGCACUGGAUGAAAAUCUGAAUAGGACUCUGGACCCCAACCAGCUUUCUCUGCACCCUCAAGUGCUACCUCCACCUCAUUCUUCUCUGGAGCACGAUAGACCCACCAACCCAACAUCCAUGCUGAGCAGCCCUGAAGACAGAAGCAACAGCCCAUUGACAGCCCUGGAAACAGCAUCUUUUAUCAGUUAUACAGCCCACAUACAACCUACCAGCUUGGAUUACCUACAUCCCCAGACCAUGGUUCACCUGGAAGGUUGCACAAAGCAAAGCAGUACAACAGAUAGUGAGCCCCCUGCAGAACAGGUUAACUGGGAAGAACAUCAGAAGGGCCAUCUCUCUGGUGGUACUGAAGUACCACACAAGGGCUCCCAGUUAAAUAGCAAAAACCUAAAUUUAAUUAGCAAAUUUAGUGACAAUAUUGAGGAAUUACAGAAAAAACUGCACCCAUCACAGGUAGUAUGGCAACUCCCACAUAGCUCUAGUAGUGAAAAUAUACAAGAUCUCAGCCACAGCCCUUGUAUGGUAAAGAAGUAUACUAAACAAGUCGAGUCCCAAGUGAUUUUCCAGGCAGGGAUCACCAAACCAUCCCAAAUGAGGCGCUCAGCUUCUCUCGCCAAGUUAGGUUACCUGGACCUCUGUAAAGACUGUUUACCAGAGAGAGAGUCCGCCUUCUCUGAAUCCCCUCAUCUCAAACUGCUUCAGCCUUUCAUCAGAACAGACUCAGGCAUGCAUGCCAUGGAGGCGCAGGAGCCCCCAGAAAACCCAGGUGCCUCCCAGAACCCAGAGCCCACUAAGUAUUUUGUAGAGCAACUCAGAACAACAGAGUGUAUUGCACAGAGCAAACCAGUGGAGAGGCCCCUUGUGCAGUAUGCCAAAGAGUUUGGUUAUAGUCAGCAGUGUUUGGUCCCCAGGGCAGGACGAGAAUUGACUAGUUCUGAAGGAGGCCUUCCUUUGCUACAGACCCAGAGACUGCAGGAUGCAGGCCCAGCUCCAGGGCUGGCCGUGGCACCCCGUCAGCAACACGGCAGAACUCACCCCCUUAGAAGACUGAAAAGGGCAAAUGAUAAAAAACGGACAACCAACCCUUUCUAUAACACCAUGUGAUUCUGAGCCUAUUACAUGUGAUUUUUCUAAAAGAAAUGUAUGUAAAAGGGGCAGGUGUAAUAUGUAAGGAACAUGCACUUUAUUGGUUAAUUUU